CGUUAGUUUUAAAAAAACUAAACAAUUUUCCGAUAACACAUUAUCCAGUGACGUGGCCGCAAUUUUUUAAUGUUAUUUCUCAUAAUUAUAAUAUUAAAGUUUUUGCACUUUUAUGCACUUACAACAAUAUAUAGUCCAGCUAUAUUUUAAUAAAUUUGUGCAAAAUUAUAAAAACGAUCAUAAUGACAGAGAAUAACCAACAAAGAAAUAAUACAAAUAAAUGGAUCUUACGAAUUGCACUUGGCACAUUUUUAUUGCUAAUAAUUUUAAAUUUACCAAGCCUUUGUCAAGCUCAUGAACAUGAAAGGUCACCAAGCUUUAAAUAUACCAAGGAAGCCAAUGAAGCAUAUUUACAGAAUCAAUAUUCUAUACAUCAUAAAGAAAUUAUACAUAAACAUAAACAUGAAAAUGAUAAUUAUGACCAUCAAUAUAAGUCAGUUUUAUCUGACAGAACUUAUAACAAAGUGAUUCUUAAAGCUACUGCAUCUACUUUAAUUAUAUCAGCAGCUCCCUUUUUUAUUUUAUUCUUUGUACCUUUAGAUAAUACUAAAGAAUGUGAACCAUUGCUUAAAGUAUUAUUAAGUUUUGCAUCUGGUGGUUUAUUGGGAGAUGCAUUUUUACAUUUAAUUCCUCAUGCUUUAAUUCCUCAUAUGUAUGAAUCUUCUGAAGAAGUACAUUCAUAUACAAAUUCUCAUAAUAAAGAUGAUGAAGAAUCAAAUCAUGGACAUGAUAUGUCUGUUGGCUUAUGUGUAUUAUUAGGUAUUAUCAUGUUUUUAAUUGUUGAAAAAGCAGUGAGAAUUAUUAAAAGUGAUCAUAGCCAUUUACAUACACAUAAGAUAAGUAUUACAAAAAAUCUAUCAAAAGAAAACAAAGAUGAUAAUAAAUUACAAAAAGAUAUUGAUAAAUUUGAUGCUAUUUCUAAAGAAAAAGAAACAAAAAAUAUACAAAAUGAAAUUAAAAUUGCUGGUUAUUUAAAUUUAGUUGCAGAUUUUUUACAUAAUUUUACAGAUGGUCUUGCUAUUGGAGCUAGUUAUUUAGCUGGAAAAAAUAUUGGUUAUAUUACUACAUUUACAAUUUUAUUACAUGAAGUACCUCAUGAAAUAGGAGACUUUGCUAUUUUAAUACAAAGUGGUUAUAGCAAACAAAAAGCUAUGAUGCUUCAACUUAGUACUGCUAUAGGUGCAUUGUUGGGAACUUAUGUAUCAUUAUUAGCAGAAGGCAUGGGUGAUCUUGCAACUAUGUGGAUUCUUCCAUUUACAGCUGGUGGAUUUAUUUAUAUAGCUACAGUUUCUGUAAUACCAGAACUUUUAACAGAUACUAAUUUUAGACAAUCUGUAAAAGAAAUUAUUGCACUUCUCUUAGGUGUAUAUAUGAUGGUACUUAUAGCAGAAUAUGAAUAGUUUUAUAUUACAUUUUUUUCAACAUAUUGUGAUCACUUAAUAAUUCAUUUGACUGCUAUAAUAAGAACUCAAAAUUGGAGUUUAUAUUUUUACAAUAUUGUAAUUAUAUUACUUAAUGAAUAUUAAUGACUAUUCUAAUAUGUUAUAUAGCAUGAAUACCAGUGAAAGCAAUGCUGUAUGAUUAUUAUAAAUGUUAGUAAUAUGAAAAAUAAUAGAGCGAAUACAAAGAUAAAAAUCA